GAGCUGUCUUCACUGAACCCAGCAUCAGGAAGUGAAGGGCGGUGGUUGAGUACAAGCGAAGCGCAGGGCUAAUUGACAAGUAUCGUGUUGUUGUCAGGAAAACAAAACAGUCAAAAUGUCGAGCAAAAGAGCGAAGUCAAAGACCACGAAGAAGCGCCCUCAGCGCGCUACUUCCAAUGUCUUCGCCAUGUUUGACCAGUCUCAGAUUCAGGAGUUCAAGGAGGCUUUCAACAUGAUUGACCAGAACCGUGAUGGGUUCGUGGACAAAGAGGACCUGCAUGACAUGCUGGCCUCACUGGGGAAAAAUCCAACUGAUGAGUACCUGGAGGCCAUGAUGAUGGAAGCUCCUGGACCCAUUAACUUCACCAUGUUCCUCACCAUGUUUGGAGAGAAGCUCAAUGGAACAGACCCUGAGGAUGUGAUCCGAAAUGCCUUUGCUUGCUUUGAUGAGGAGGGGACAGGUUUCAUCCCAGACGAUUACCUCAGGGAGCUGCUCACAACAAUGGGCGACCGAUUUACAGACGACGAGGUGGACGAGCUCUUCAGGGAGGCCCCCAUCGACAAGAAGAGCAACUUCAACUACGUGGAGUUCACUCGCAUCCUAAAGCACGGUGCCAAGGAAAAAGACGAUUAAAGAUCCAUGCCAGCGUAUUUUCCCCCCUCGGUCCUCUCCGUCUCGUCCUCAGUCAGCUAGAUCACCGUGCUGCAUGUCUCAACUCUCCAGUAUAAACCCCAUUUUAAACAAACCAAAGCAAUAACUAUCCACUCCUGUUUGUUGGGAACUUCCAGUUUUAUGCCAAUGUACACAUCUCUAAUGAGGAGGAAAAAAGUGUUCUAGGUUGUAAACUGUUUUUUUCUGUCAUGUGAAGGAGCUGGCAGCACCUUGGAAGCUCUGAGGGAUAAGUCUUUGCAAUUCAUGUGAUCGGGUUUAGCUGAAUUUUUACAUUUUAUAAUAUAAACUUUUUAAAUAAAGCCCUCUAUCAAGUUGUACUUUGCUGAAUGUUCCCCUUUCCAUAAAUGACAACUGAAGUACAUGA